GGCACCCCAUUCCAGGCCUCUGUCUCCCGCACCCUAUCCUUCACAGCUUGUGCUCUACCGGACUGGAGAUUUCCAAAGCCCGACUCAAUCCCUCCCCAGUUCAGAUCCUUUGCUGCUUUGGGUGGAAGGCUCGUCGCUGCGUUAAAAGGCAGGAGCGGAGAAAGUUAGAAAGUUGCAUUUAAACUUUAGGAGUUGCGCCACGGCAGUCUCCUGGAGAAAGCUCCGCCGAGUGGGACAGAUUCUUUGCAACUUGGAGGCGCCGGGCGUGGAGAGGAGGCGGCGCGCGGGGCGGGGGCGCGCGGGGCCGGGGUGCAGGCGGGGACGCGGGGUGACGCGGCCCCGGGCCGCUCUACACACAGGGGCUUUCUCGGCUUCAGGCAGAGUCCGGCUGCACUGGGCUGGGAGCCCGGCGGGACACUGACCGGAAGGCUGGCAGCCCGCGGACGAGCCGCGCUGGGGGGCCGAGGCCGGGGUCGGGGCCGGGGAGCCCCGAGAGCUGCUGCAACGGGGUCCCGGGGCCGCGGAGGAGCCAUGGCUGCCGGCGGCAUCACCUCGCUUCCCGCACUGCCGGAGGACAGCGGCGCCGCCUUCCCACCGGGCCACUUCAAGGACCCCAAGCGGCUCUACUGCAAGAACGGUGGCUUCUUCCUGCGCAUCCAUCCCGACGGCCGCGUGGACGGCGUCCGCGAGAAGAGCGACCCACACGUCAAACUACAACUCCAAGCAGAAGAGAGAGGAGUUGUGUCUAUCAAGGGAGUGUGUGCAAACCGGUACCUUGCUAUGAAGGAAGAUGGACGGCUGCUGGCUUCUAAGUGCGUUACAGAAGAGUGUUUCUUCUUUGAACGACUUGAAUCUAAUAACUAUAAUACUUACCGGUCACGGAAAUACUCCAGUUGGUAUGUGGCUCUGAAACGAACUGGGCAGUAUAAACUCGGAUCCAAAACGGGACCUGGACAGAAGGCCAUACUGUUUCUUCCAAUGUCUGCUAAGAGCUGACUCACUUUAGACACUGUCACUGAGAGAAAACAAAGGAAUGUAUACAGCCAAGUUUGGAUGUCUUUUAUGUAAUAAUAAGACACUUAACCAUUACCUCAGUCAAGAAAAACAAGUUUUGGAAAAUAUUUAGACUUUCCCAUUUUAUAUAGCUUUGGUUGUGACCCAGUGAGAAUUAGAGCUAUGAUCUUGUUGACGUAUUUCCUUUAUUUGAAAAGAGGAUUUAAAAAUACGUACAUUUAUGGAUUUCUGCCGCGGACAUCAUGUAUGUAAGAAAACUGGUACCGGGUAUGAAUGUUGGCAUUCAGUCUGUCCCCACCGUGGCUCUGUACCUCUCUGGCAGUUCCCUGUGAUAGAGUUUGUAGAACAGGCCUGUGUACACUGCAGGGAAUUCCUCCAUGCUGAGGUCAAUUUUGUCAAACCCUUCCCUGAGUCCAUACAGCAGUAGCCUAGCCACCCUGCUAGUGAUGGGUGUCGUGUGUUUAGUCCGGGCCAGGUUUUCUAGAUCAAUCCAUUCACACUUCAAGCAUUCCUGCUGGCAGAAGUUGAUGGUGAAGGAACACGGCUGCAGGCGGCAGACCAGGUACAUGUCUGACAUCCCGAAGGCCCCAGGGCUCCUGUGUUGCUGCCUGAUGCUCAACAGGGACCUGAAUUCUGACUUGACACCAGUCUCUUCAAAAACCUCUCGGACUGCUGUGUCUGCUAUAUGAAAAAGAGAGAGAAAAAAAAAAGGUUUCAUUCUUAGAGAU